AUGGCGACGGAGGCGAGGGUUCUGCUACGGCCGGUGACGUUCGUGACGGGGAACGCGAAGAAGCUCGAGGAAGUUCGGGCCAUCCUCGGCGACUCUAUCCCCUUCCGGUCCCUCAAACUCGACUGUAAGUGAUGAAGAGCGGAGAAAGAAACCCCCUACCUGCCUCGCGCGCAGAAGAUCCUCUCUCUCUCUCUCUCUCUCUCUCUCUCUCCCCUUCUUUCCGAACUCCUCGUCGGCCGCGCCAAAUCUCUGAUUCUUGCUCUGGAAUCUGAAUCUGAAGAAAAUCCAAACGCAGACUCAACGGCCUGCGUCUUCGCCGGGAAGAUCUUCUAUUAAUGUGGUCUUGCUGGUUCUCGUAUGCUUUUCGUGAAUUCUGCUUUGAUUCCUGAAUAAGAUCCGAGUGUUGUAAGUCAGAGACUGAUCCGUGGGGGAUGCUCAUCAGAUAUAUGCCUGUUCCCCCCCACCCCCCCCGCUCUGUGAAUCCUUCAUGUAGAUGGUGCGACCUUCAAAGCCAGCGGUGACGGAGAACAAAUACGACGGAGACUCCCUCCUUUCCAUCAGCAUCUACUAAAGAUUAAGUGAGAUAUAUCUGAUGCUGUAUGGUGAAGUGGAGAGGUUACUCUGAUGCAUGCUCUUAGGAGAGUAGAUCCGUACUGAUUUGCUGCAGAAAAACACCUCCCUGUGAUUAUAAAGAUGAAGCUGCUCCAACUCAUUUCCAGCUUUUUUCUGUGUUGGAUGGCCGAAGAAGUAUGGCCAUUUCCAGACUAUGAGCCCUGAUAGCAUCCAGGUCAACAAGAGAACAUGAUUCGGUGAUGUAGAGUUCUCCACAAGAAAUUAUAACCCCUGGAAGCCAAUCUAGUAGAGUAAUCUGACUGGUUUUCAUGGAAGGAUCAUGGGUGGGUCGAACGCAUUUUUCAGAGUUUAGGGAAAAAAAGAUAAAUAAAUGGCCAACCCAUAGGAAUGUUGAUGAGGUUCAUUGGAGUCAUGAUGCUGAUGGCAAUUGAUGGAAUCAUUCUCAUCUGAAGUAGCAUGCCAGUUGACGACCGCCAACUUUGACUUAUUUAGGAUGAUCGAGGCAUGCCUUAGAGCAUUUAGUCAACUCCUUUUUUUAGUGGUAUACUGCCAUUGGUUUUCAUACUUUUCCUCUUCUUUUUUUUCUUUUUUUUUUUUACUUGUUUACUUCCCUUUUUCUUCCAGUGCCAGAGCUGCAAGGGGAGCCUGACGAGAUCUCCAAAGAGAAGGCCCGUUUAGCUGCGAUCCAGGUCUCAGCUCUCCCACAUUUUCUCUCUUCACAGUGCCCAAAAUAGCAUAUUUCUACCUGAUAAUCCAUAGAGCUAAUGCAUCAACGGCCGCUAUUUUCUCUAAAGGUUAAUGGGCCCGUGCUUGUUGAAGACACCUGUCUAUGCUUCAAUGCUCUCAACGGUCUCCCUGGUACCUGCUCGUCUUGCUUCUCUCUGUUUCCUGGCUCUGGCGGCUCAUCUUGUCCUCUGCUUACUCGGCCUUCUUCUCUGCUGCAGGGCCUUACAUGUAAGCCUCAUCUGUUCCUCAGUCUGAUGAUUUUCUCUGGAUAUCCUCCCUCUUUAAAACCAGUCCAUUUCCUUUUCUGGAUAUUUUUUUUCUUUUUUUUUUUCUUUUUUUUUUUUCUUUCUUACCUGGGAAAACUGACUCGCCUUGUUUCCGGAAUUGUAACCGGCUAGAAAGUGGUUCCUGGAGAAGACAGGUCAUGAAGGUCGGAUAAUACCUUAUUUGCCCCUUUUUCAUCUCUAAUUAUUUUGUUGCCCAUAUUCGGAUGAUGUGAGGUGUUUCUAUGUACGUUUUGUAGGGUUGAACAACAUCCUCAAGGCCUACGAGGACAAAUCAGCCUACGCCAUGUGCAUCUUCUCCCUCGCCCUCGGGCCAACUACUGAACCAAUGUCCUUCUGUGGAAAGACCCAUGUAAGCCAUUGAGACAUUCCACUAGUAGAAUGAGUUAUAGAAUGGUUUCUAUUUACCACCUAACCAUGCCAAGUCAAUAACUGAUGCCGGUGUCUUCUUCUUCUUCUUCAGGGGAAGAUCGUUCCUCCCCGGGGGCCCACCGAUUUCGGGUGGGACCCAAUUUUCCAGCCGGAUGGGCACGACCAAACGUGAGCCUCCCCUUCAUCUCUUGCUCAUCUUACCGGCGACAGUCAUGUCAAUGGUGCUCAUGUGGGAGGUUGGCGUCUUCUGGUGUGGUUCGAGCAGGUAUGCGGAGAUGGCCAAGGACGAGAAGAACAGGAUCUCUCAUCGCUCCAAGGCUCUUGCUCUGGUGAGGGCUCACUUUGCCGAAGCUGGGUACAUCUUCCAGAUAGGUUGA